GGGGGGGUGUUCUGUUGGUGGGAAAGCCUCUUUGCGUCAACGUACCGACAAAAUGACAGAAUCUCUACAACAAUCGCUUUUGAUUGAGGUGAGGUAGACUGAUAACAACCUGAUAUCUAAACACUGAAGCUUGCGGGAUUGCACCUGUUAUUCCUGCAUCACGUUUUCGAUAUAUAUAACCUUUAAACAAGACUCAAACAAAAGAAUGGAUAAGUUGACGAUUAUAUCAGGAUGUCUCUUUCUGGCUGCGGAUAUCUUUGCAAUCGCUAGUAUUGCUAACCCCGAUUGGAUCAACACUGGUGAAUCUGCAGGUGCGCUGACGGUGGGCCUGGUCCGACAGUGCCAGACCAUCCAUGGGCGCGACCGCACAUGCAUUCCCCCACGGCUGCCGCCAGAAUGGGUCACCACGCUCUUCUUCAUUAUCAUGGGCAUCAUCUCCCUCACCGUCACCUGCGGCCUGCUGGUGGCAUCGCACUGGCGGCGAGAGGCCACUAAGUACGCACGCUGGAUCGCCUUCACCGGCAUGAUCCUGUUCUGCAUGGCGGCACUCAUCUUUCCCAUAGGCUUCUACAUCAAUGAGGUAGGGGGCCAGCCCUACAAACUCCCCAACAACACUGUUGUGGGCUCCUCCUACGUGCUCUUCGUCCUCUCCAUCUUCUUCACCAUAGUGGGACUCCUGUUUGCCGGUAAGGUGUGUCUGCCAGGCUGAGUAGCCUGCUCUGUCAUCAUGGGUGGAGAGACACACCCCGGAGGCUUGGGAAAACGUACAGGAAUACAGGAAGACAGUUGGACGGAGAGAUGGAUGGACUGAAGGGUGGAUUAGUUGACUGUUGGUCUGCAAGGGUGGAAGGGAGAGGGGGGGAGGGUUAAGAUGGCCUAAGACACUUUUUUUAAAGAACCCACGAAAAGUAAAGACACUGAGUGGAGAAGUAGGCGUGAUAGAGAAGGAGAGAUAACAUGGAGGAGCAGAAGAGAAGGGGGACUGAGCACCACAGAGUCUAUCCAACUCAGCGUCAUUUAACUGAAACCUUCUUACCUGAUGUUGCACUGUGUGGUUUGGCAUGGUGAUGGAGAAAGUGAGGGAGUCUGAGAAAAAGGGAGGUAGAUGAAAGCUACUCUCCCCCCCAAACCGUUUCCAGGUGACCGGCACUGUGACAUCAUCAUGUGCAUUUGGCUCACUCUGACUACUCUCCCUGAAACAUCCCGACCCAUUUCUCUGCCUUCUCCUUCCUUCCCCCCACUACAAAAAAGAACUGUUGCCACCACAACCAUGUUGCUAUCCUUGGCUUCUUUAGCUAAUUUAGUUGUGUUGUUUUGUUUAUCACUCCUUUUGUGUGUACAUCCUCCACCAUACACUAUCCACUGAAGUAGGAAGAAAAAGGGGUCUGGAUUGGACCUCAUUGUCUGACCUUUCCAACCCCCACCCCACACCUCGUAGGAUGCCUUGGGUAAGUGGUAGGGCGCUGGCAAGUGGUGGCAACCCAGCUGUCUUGGAAUGGGAUAGUGAUCGCAGGUGUGCCCCCUAUGUCUCGCUCCACAGCCCUGAUUCCAAGGAGCAGGUGAUUAAGGUGGAGAAAAGGAAGAAAGAGAGAGAGAACUCCUCAGAUCACCCAGUGAUCUUGUGCCAUGACAAGUUUGUUUGUAGGGAGACUAUUCUGUUCUGUUCUAUUCUGUAUUCUGAAACAAGGCCGUAAUCAUAAUAGGACACAUCCCCCCCAAUAUUCAAAUCUGGUCAAAACGUCCCCC